UGAAUGCUCAGGUUGCCUGGUCUCAAAUUAUAGGGAUUUAUAAAAGCAACGGGGGUCAACAAAGAGAUCGUCAACUUCCUCAAUAUCAGAGAUAUCUCGUUCAAUUCUCGGCCAAUUCCAAACGCUUGGAACCUCCUGCCACAAAUAUGCCUAAUGAAAUUCGCGACAUCCGCACCGUCCAUCCAGAGGAUGGUUUGGUCUUGGAAAAGAAUGUCUCGGUGCACAUGUCUACCGGAGAUGUCAUUCGUUGCAAUGUUUUCAAGCCCAAAACAUCGAACCCUGCCCAGAAGUUCCCAGCAAUUGUUACUAUGGGACCUUACGGCAAGGAUGUGGAGUACAAGUAUUUCCAUCCAGCAAGCUUUGCCGAAGUAAAUCCUGAGCAUCAGACUAAACACGCGGCUUGGGAGCUUCCAACACCCGAGUAUUGGACUCGCCAUGGGUAUGUUGUUGUCCGUGGUGACGAAAUUGGAACAGGACAAUCACCAGGGAAAAUGAAUGUCUUCUCAGCGGCAAGUGUAGAGUGCUAUCAUGAGCUCAUCGAAUGGGUUCGUGAUCAAGAAUGGUGUACUGGCAAGAUUGGGUUGCUUGGUAUCAGCUACUAUGCGACCCAGCAAUGGAAAGUUGCUGCCCGGCAGCCUAAAGGAUUAGUAUGCGCUAUUCCCUGGGAAGGCUUUACUGAUACUUAUCGCGAUGCUGCCCGUCACGGCGGCAUCAUGUCGGACGGAUUUUUCAACUACUGGUAUCCUAGACAGGUUUUAUCCAAUCAAUAUGGACUUCCUGGAAGGGCCACCCGCAACUGGGGCGAUGACACCAUCGAAGGAGACUUGUCUGCGGAUGAACUAGCUGCCAACAGAGUCGACAUCAUUGACUACCUUGCCAAGCACCCUUACCGCGAUGAUGACCAAUUCGCAGCUGUCAAUGUCAACCUUCGGGAUAUCAAGAUUCCAAUCUUGACAGUUGCCAACUGGGGUGGAUUCCUAUUGCACUUACGCGGCAACGUUGAAGGGUUUCUGCGCUCAGGUUCGGAGCUCAAAUAUAUUCGAUUUAUCGUUGGCCGCCACGAUCUUCCGUUCUACUAUCCAGAAGAGGUUGAAUUGCAGCGCAGCUUCUUGGAUGCAUUUUGCAAGAAUGACGAUAGAGUUGGAUGGUCUCGGAAGGGAGAAGUCGCACCGGUAGACUUGCUCCUCCGCAAGGGCAAUCCUGGAUAUAACAAUGCAGAGGCAGAAAAGGCUUUCCCUCGCAGGUUCGAGAGUGAAUGGCCUAUUGCGCGAACGCAAUACACGAAUUUCCAUCUUCACCCUGAUGGAAGCCUCUUGACUACUGCGCCAACACUCAACACGGAUAUGAAGCGAUCCUACAAGGCGCCGGGAAAAAGUGGAAGCUCUGAUAUGAUCACCUUCACCACCCCACCUUUUCAAAAUGAGACUGAAAUUACCGGUCACAUUGUCGCCCAUCUGAACGUGUCCAUGAGCGGUUUGCAUGGCUCUCCCAUGCCUUCGGAGCUUGAUGUCUUCGUCACGCUGCGUCACUUUGACGAGAAAGGCAAAGAGAUCUACUACACCGGUACCACUGGAGAAGCUGCUCCUGUCACCAAGGGAUGGCUGCGCUUCAGUCUUAGGAAAACGAAUGAAUCCAGUGCUACUCAUGAACCUUGGUUACCCCACCGAGACUACUAUUCUUCCGACUACCAGCCUGUCAUUCCUAACGAUAUAUACCCUGUGGAUAUCGAAGUGUGGCCGACCAAUGUUGUGGUUGGGAAAGGUGGGGCAUUGCAGAUCGAGAUCAGUGCUGGUGAUACACACGGUGUUGGUCUUUUCUCCCACAGCAACAAGCUAGACAGACCUGAAGAAAAACUGCUAGGGCUGAAUCAUGUUCACUUUGGCCCUAAGUUUCACAACUACGUUACCUUGCCUGUGAUUCCUGCUAAGGAGGACUAGGGUUUUGUAGUCCAAUGCUACAAAUUGUCCAACUAGGGUACACAGAAUGUUUACAGUCUGACGGCUCCUUUUUGGGUGGCUAUGGUAAGAAUCUGCAUCAGAACCAGAUAGUUCAAUUCUUACGCACCGUGAAAUUUAUCUGCCUGGAGAGGGAAAAAUAUGAGGGAGAAACAUCAAUACAAAGUUAGUAAUAAUCCAACUCUAGAACAAAAU